GAAAAAUAGCACUGUAAUGUAAAAUAUACAUAUAAAAACAUUAUAAAACAAAAUGUAAAAACUUAAAGUGGUUUUCUCAAGUCUAUUUAAGCCAAAAGUUUCACACACUGUCCUUUAAGAGACUUGGCCAAGUGAUUUACAUCAGGACCUCUGACUCUGAUUGGCCGUUUACCGCACAAUUAGUUCCGUGUCAGUGUCUCCUCCAUGCUCCUUGCAGGUGUUUUCAUUUUGUAUUUCUGUGUUGGAACUGUUCAAUAAAAAGCUGAACGUUCAUACUUAAAUGUUGCGCUCCUCCUUCUCCUUUUUUUGUUUCUUCUUUUUAGUGGCAGGGUAUCUAAAGCCGGAUGGUAACACAGAUGGUAAAACAUCAGUACACCGUACAUCCAUUCGCAAUAAUAUCCGGAGUUAAUAUUAUAGAUUGCUGUCUAUGGUUUGAAUGAACGGGUGGUUCCGUAAGGUUCUCGGAUCAUGUGACCAAUCAAAGUCUUGACCACACCUGUGUUGCUGAGAAGAAUAGUCUCCAUAGCAACCGCAUACAUCCCUUCAUACAUUUACAAUGAGACCCUGAGGUUAUCAUGUAUGUGUGAUGACAACAAAAUCAAGAGUUGUAAAGAGCAUUUUCAAUUGCAAAUCGUUGUGCAUGCAUCAUUUUAUGUAGCCAGGAUUUUGUUCAGGUUCAAUAUAUUCCCUCCUCAUCUAACUUGGCAUUAACUAAUCAGGUUUUGUCUGUUUUUUGCCUUAUAAGGUAGCUUAUGAUGGAAGAAUUCCUGCCACCCCACAAUAAAAAUAAAUAAAUAAAUUUGAACCCAUCGCUUUACUUUUUGUAGGCGUGGCUUCGCCGCACCACCUGUUGCAGUGACUGACAGCAAGCUUGCUCGUGUCCUUUGUACAGUAUGAGUCAUCUGGCCCACAAGGACAUCUCCUAGAGAACACUACAAGGGGCUGGAGAACGUCAACGUGUACGUCACCGUGUACGGCUCGGUGGACGUCUACGUCACGCCAAUACCCGGAUGUAACGACCACAAACAUGGAGCGUCUGUCGCUGGAGGGAGCCGUUCGUGGUAAUUCACCUGGUGGCCAUGCCACCGCCCCAAGAAAGCGUCAGGUUCGUUUUUCCGCCCGCCAUGACAUCGUCCUUCUGCGGGAGGUUAUCGCCCAGAACCCUUUUACCUCCAAAGAACCAGGCAGGGUGUGGGCCCGCGUGGGGGAGCUAAUGACAGAGGCUCUCCGCGAGGAAAGCUUUGAAGUGGAUGCUCGCAGGUGUCGGGAGAGGACCAUGCUGCUGCUGGAUUACUACAAGAAGCAAGACUUCCUCAGUUUACGCAGGUUUGGGACUGAGGCCUUAUAUGCCGAAAAGGAGGAUCUGCUCCAUGAGGUGUUAGAGCUGGAGGCGGAGAAGGGCGUGGCUGCCUGCGGGGACUUCAAUAAAUAUCAAGUUGAUGAAUUGAGAAAGCGAGCCACAGAGGAACUCAAUAUCCCAGAGCAGGACAAACCUCCGCUCCCAAUCAUACAAAUAAGUCCAGCAGGUGAGCGUGAAGAAGACCACACUGAAAUGGCGCCGACGUCCAAACGUGCCUGCCAGUGCUGCUGCCAGACCUACUCGGAGAUUCUCAGCUUCCUGGAGAAACGAGCUUGA